GCGCGACAACAAUGUUCACCGACCCUUGACCUCCUGCUAUUCUUCCCAUUAUAUCUGCUUUCUCACGAUCUCUACCCACGACCGACGUUCAUUUGAAGCCUUCCACAAUGGAAGAGAUCGCCCCAGAAUAUGAUGUUAUCGUCCUCGGCACAGGCUUGACGGAAUGCGUGCUCUCUGGGGUCCUCUCCGUCAAGGGCAAGAAGGUCCUCCACAUCGACCGAAAUGACCAUUACGGCGGUGAGGCUGCAUCCGUCAAUAUCGAAGCUCUCUUCAAGAGAUAUGGGAACCAUAAAUCGGGCGAAGAGCCAUGGAAGAAAUACGGCCGCACCAACGACUGGAACAUUGAUCUAGUGCCCAAGCUCUUGAUGGCAAAUGGCGAACUCACCAACAUCCUCGUCUCGACCGAUGUUACCCGAUACCUCGAAUUCAAACAGAUCGCAGGCAGCUUUGUACAGCAAGGCACAGGUCCUCGCGCAACAGUUGCCAAAGUCCCAUCCACCGCUGCCGAGGCACUAAGUUCACCACUGAUGGGCCUAUUCGAGAAGAGAAGGGCAAAGAAAUUCCUGGAGUGGGUGGGUGCAUUUGAGGAGAACAACCCAGCAACACACAAUGGAAUGAAUAUGAAUCAGUGCACCAUGAAAGAGGUCUAUGACAAAUUCGGGUUGGAACCCUCCACGCGAGACUUCAUCGGUCACUCUAUGGCCCUGUACUCGACCGACGAGUACAUCAACACACCCGGCAUGGCCAAGGAGACUGUCGAGAGAAUCCGUCUCUACGCCAACUCGAUGGCGCGCUACGGCAAGUCACCGUACAUCUACCCGCUCUACGGUCUAGGAGAGCUUCCACAAGGCUUUGCUCGUCUCUCCGCUAUCUACGGAGGUACGUACAUGCUCAACACUGCGGUGGAUGAGUUUCUCUACGACGGCAACAGAAUCUCCGGCAUCAAAGCAACCAUGCGAGAACGAGGCGAAGAGAAUGAAGAAGGCAUGAAAUUUACCACAAAGACCAAGAUGAUCCUCGGCGACCCCUCCUAUUUCCCCGGCAAAGUCCAAGUAGUCGGUCACCUACUCAAGGCCAUCUGCAUUUUGAACCACCCGCUUGAGAAGACCGGAGAUUCCGAUUCCUUGCAACUCAUCAUCCCCCAAUCCCAGGUCGGUCGGAAGCAUGACAUCUACAUUGCCAUGGUAUCAUCGGCCCACAACGUCUGUCCCAAAGGAUACUACAUCGCCAUUGUUUCCACCAUUGCCGAAAGCUCCGCAAACCACCAUCUUGAACUGCAACCGGGACUCGAAAGACUUGGCCGCAUUGAAGAAAAAUUCAUGGGACCACCAAUCCCCUUAUACCAGCCAUUGGAGAGUGGUGUGAACGACCAGAUCUUCAUCAGUAACAGCUUUGAUGCGUCGAGUCACUUUGAGACGGUCACGGAGAAUGUGAGAGACAUUUAUCGAAGGGCAAUGGGAGAGGAGCUGAAAGUGGAGGGGUUGAGGGAGGGCCAGACUCUGGCUGAAGAAUAAGGACAAUCGCACUGGGAUGGAGCAUUUAGCUUUCAGAAAUUGAGCGAAGGCCUGAGGACACGGGACAACUUGAUACAUAUGCAUGACGGUCAACCAACGCACAGGCGGCCUAGGCCGAUGGUUGUAGAGGACCAGGAUAGUAGGACGACUGUCAAAUCCACCCAUUUUGCACAAGGCGUCUUGAGAGGGGCCCCCCCAAUAUACAAAGUACAAGGUGAUGCAGCUUAGAGAUUGUUUUCCCUUUUGUCGAGUACGAAUCCAGCGCUUUGCGGCCAGUAUUAACACGAUCUGGUCGUUCUUGGAGCACCAUCGUCCCACGUCUGGCACGCAGGAGGCAGGCCAGCCAGCCAAGGGAAGAAGGACAAUAUCAGAG